AUGAAAACCACCGCCGCGCCACCGUCUGAGCAGGCACAGAAUUCAUCCGAACAGACAAAUGAUGCAGUCCUAGCCUCAGAGUCUCGUCCAGUGAUUAGAUCACCAAAAUACGCCUGGCUUUACAUCUUUGAUUGGUAUCCCUCUCACUACUCUCCGGGGGAGAAGAAGUUGUUGAAAAAGCAGGACUACAUCAUUCUUCCGCUAUGCUGCCUAAUGUUCUUUCUGAAAUGGCUAGACUCUUCCAACAUCAAUACCGCCUAUACGUCGGGUAUGCGCGAAGAGCUUCACAUUGUCGGAAAUCAGUACUCUCUCUUUGGCACAUUCUACAAUCUCGGAUACUUACUUUUUGAAAUUCCAUCCAUGAUGCUCAUAUCACGACCAAGAUUGUCUCGCUGGUACCUUCCGACGAUGGAGGUCUUGUGGUCCAUGUUGACAUUCAUUCAGACCAAUCUUGCCAGUGACAAGCAAAUCUUUGGCCUACGAUUCUUACUAGGAAUUUUUGAGACUCCAGCAGCAACGGGUAGCAUUUACAUUCUCUCUUCAUGGUAUCGAGCAGAUGAAAUGUUCAAGCGUGCCGGCGUUUGGUAUGUAUCGAGCAACCUUGGCAGCAUGGUUGGUGGCUACCUCCAGGCAGCCGCAUAUAAGAAUUUGAAUGGUGUCCUGGGCAGAUCUGGUUGGAGAUGGCUGUUUAUUAUUGACGGCUGCAUCAGUAUGCCAAUUGCCAUUGCUGGAUACUUUCUAUUCCCUGGAUUGCCGACGAGCCCACGAAUUUGGUGGCUUACUGAAGAUGAACAAAAGCUGGCUCAAAGGCGUAUGCGAGCCGACGGUGUCAAGAAUCCCAAAAAGAUUGGUAUCAAGAUGCUUAAAAGAGUAUUCGGUCACUGGCACUUUUACGUUGCGGUCCUCACAUAUAUCUGUUUUCAAUGUACUUCAUACGUAGGUGGUCAGAUGAACAUCUGGCUCAAGUAUGAAGCGGACACGCAUGGGACGUAUACUAUUCCACAAGUCAACAUUUAUCCGACAGGAGUCCAGGGAGUUGCAAUCGUCACAGGGAUUCUGGCCACUUCGUUUUGUAUGGUGUAUCCCCUCUGGGCGGUCAUGACAGUUGUCGCCAGUUGCUUACUAUUCUCAAAUGUAUGCCUCCUGAUAUGGGACAUUCCUCUUGGUCUACAUUUCACAUGCUAUUACCUCUUGGGCAUGACUUCGUGCGUCACGCCAAUCUUGUUUCCCUGGGUCAACAUUGUCAUGAAGGAUGACAAUGAAGCGCGCAGUUUCACCACGGGAGCCAUGAUGACUUUGGGCUGGGCUUUCUUCAGUUUUUAUCCCAUCACCGUCUUUCCCGUGUUGGAAGGCCCCAAAUGGCGAAAGGGCUUCACGGUAAAUGUCAUACUCAUCCUGACAUUUUGGGCAUUAUUUAUGCUUGGUCAAGUUCUGUGGAAACGAGAUCAAAAGUCAAAGAAGUUCAGUGAUCUAAGGGAUGAAGAGGAAAGCACGGAAACAAAAGACGAAAAGGCCAUGCAUGUGGAGAUUGUCAGGGAGGAUUGA